UUUGAUCAGCUGAUAAGAGGAGGCGGAGUUAGGAACCAAGAAUCGUGACUUUUGUACUUAGUUUUGCAAGUGUAAUUUUCCUGGAUGUUUAGCCAGUGGGGCAUGUUGACGGGUUGUGCAUACUUUACAGAAUGUGGACUCAUUUUUUUCGUUGCCACUGAAAGACGUUACAUUAGAGAUCACGCAGUGUUUUAAAAAAGUCUGUAGGUAGAAAAGACUUGAAAGAUUAUAAAUAUUAUACAGUAACGGGCCAAAUAGUGCCCCUCAACAGCUGAUUCCAGUUCUCAAGAAGCUUACGUUUUCUCUACCAGAUGGAUUCGUGGGUCCGUUUUAGCUCCCAGAGCCAGGCGAAGGAACGGAUAUUUAGAGCUGCCCAGUAUGCCUGUACAUUGAUUGCAUACACACUACAAAAACAUGGAGCCAGUUCUGAUGCUGUUGCUGCAAUCAAAAAGUUGGAAUCUCAUAUGAGCUUAGGACGCAAAUUAUUCAGAUUGGGUAACUCGGCUGAUGCUUUGGAAGCUGCUAAGCGGGCCAUUCAUCUUUCAGAUGUUGUUCUUCGUUUCUGCAUCACAGUGAGCCACCUUAACCGAGCAAUGUACUUUGCAUGUGACAACAUUUUAUGGACUGGAAAGGUUGGUCUACUUUCCAAACUAGACCAGGACAAAUGGAGCCAGCGCUCUUUCAGGUAUUACUUGUUUGCCUUGAUUAUGAAUCUUAGUCGAGAUGUUUAUGAAAUCAACCUUUUAAUGGAGCGUGAGUACCAGAACAGACGUCAGAAAGGCAGUAUGGUGCUAGAAAAUGGAGAAAUACAUGAUGGCAACAGAAGUAAAGAGCUAAUUAAUUUGCGGAUCAAGAAUCAGCUCCGCCUCCUGUGUCUUGUACUUAGGAACAACCCACCAUUGCUACUGGAUGCCCUGAAGAAUGUCUGCGAUAUUUUCAUUCCUUUAGACAAACUUGGCUUGUAUAAAACUAAUUCAGGUUUUGUGGGGUUCUGUGGCCUCGCAUCCUCCAUUCUGUCUAUCCUCACUAUUGUUUAUCCGUGGCUAAAGCUUAAGCCAUAAUGCACUUCAUGCCAUCAGUGUACGGUUUGAAAGCUGAGCACUUCUUUUGGGCACAAGCUUGAGGGAUGUGAUUGUCAGCAGUAUAUCUAAUUGCCCGAAAAGUCAACAACUAACAAUGUAAUCUGGCACACUUGAACUUUUGGUUAUACAACAGAUGCAACUGGUAAUAGUUUUUGGCUUAGUACAUAGCUGAAAAUUUUGUGUAUUUAAUUGCUGGUAACUGAUAUCAGUCAGAAAACGACAUUUAAUAAUUUUGUAUUCUUCCUUCAGUCAGCAGCAUCACAUCUGGAUCCACUUAGCCUGCCCUUCUUGCAUACGUAAUUCAUACAUUGUGUUGACUUCAUUGUAGUGUUAUGAGGGGGACAACAUUUGAAGGAUGUAAAAUUAUGAAAGUGGCACUUACGAACAGCAAUAAAAAGUAAAACAGCUCUGCUGUACAUUA